AUGUUACGGUUUGAUAUGUCAUCUAUCCAAGGUGUCAUUCAUCUUAAAAAACCAUUUAUUAUUCUAUUGGAUUAUAUGCGUUUACAGUUACUUUGUCUUCUAUGGAAGGCUGAACCAGAACGUAUACUUAUUAUUGGUCUUGGUGUUGGUAUAUUACCGAAAAUUUUUCAUUAUCUUUCACCAAAUACAUUAAUUGAUGUUGUAGAAAUUGAUUCAGAAAUAAUGGAUUUAGCACAAAAAUAUUUUGACUUUAAUGAAAAUGAUCGUAUUCGAGUUUAUAUUGAAGAUGGUCGACAUUUUAUUGAACGUCAAUCAUCAAAUAAAUAUGAUGUGAUUAUAAUUGAUGCAUUUACAGUUAAAAAUCAUAUUUCACAUAAAUUACAUACAGUUGAAUGUAUUAGAGAAUAUUUACGUAUUUUAAAAUCGACUGGUCUUGUUCUAGGAAAUUUUUUUACUAAACAUGAAAAUCAAUAUAAACAAACAUAUGAACGUACACUUUUCAAACACAUGUAUCGAGGAAAUAUAAAAAAUAAUUAUAUUCUUAUUGGACUUAAUAAACAAGCAAAAGUUUUCAAUCUGAAUGAAUUAAAAUUAAGAGCAAGAGAUCUUCAACAAAAUAAACCAUUAUUUGAUAUGAAUUGGAUCCAUGAAACAAAAUAUAUUCAUCAUGGAAACGAUGAUAAAUGGGAUAGAUGA